CUGUCAAAAAAAAAGCAGUUAAAGAGUUCUUCCCGUACAAUGUCUUAAAAAGCGAGUCCCAUUAUAACCUCUCAAAACCAAACACACGCAUCCAUUACACGAUCUCUUCUUCUCUGACGUAUAAUGGUAGUCUGACCAAAGAUUUUCAGAAAAUAUAAUGGGGAAAACAAGCAAGUGGAUUCGAAAUUUCUUAACAGGAAAGAAGGAGAGAUCAAAGGAAAAGAUUAUCCAGAGUGAGUGUGGUGGAUUCACUUCACCGGUUCCGGGCAUUCCUAAAGAGAAACGUCGAUGGAGUUUUAGACGUUCUUCUGCCACUAGACCACCAGCUUGUGCUUCUACCCUCAAAGUUUCAUCUCCACCGGUUCAACCGUCACUGCCUCCACCGCCACAACCAUUUGAGGUCGCAAACGUGGACACUGAACAUGAUGAGAACAAGGGCGCGGAGAUUGCAAUGGCUGUUGAAGAAUUUGCAGCAGUGAAGAUUCAGGCCUACUAUCGUUCCCAUUUGGCGAGGAAAGCAUUAAGAGCCUUAAAAGGGUUAGUGAAAUUGCAAGCACUUGUGAGAGGUCAUUUAGUGAGGAAACAAGCAACAGCUACACUUAGAUGCAUGCAAGCGUUGAUUACACUUCAGGCUAAAGCUCGAGAACAGAGGAUUCGUAUGAUAGGGAAUUCAACACCAAAAUCCACAAAUCAAAGAACACCGAUUCAUUACAACGUAAUGGAUCUAACCCAGAUCUCAAAAUUCAAUCUUGACAACACCCAGAUCCUAAAGUUUCCAACUUUGACUCCUCUGUUUUUGUUAUUGCAGGAGAAUGACAAGAACAUCGAGACUGUGGAAAUGGAGAUUCCGUCCAGAUUUUACUCUCCGGCGCCUUCAAUAACCGAUAUGAGUCCUCGCCAUUUCGAGGAUUGUAACUCGUUCAACAGAGCUCAACGCAGUCCUCAGUGUUUCGGAUUCAAAGAGUAUUACAAUGGAGAUACUCUGUCUUCUUACGGCUAUCCUCUCUUCCCAAAUUACAUGGCUAAUACUCACUCUUCUAAAGCCAAGGCUCGGUCUCAGAGUGCGCCGAAGCAGAGACCUUACGAGAUGUACGAGAAGCAUACGAGCGCGAGGAGAAAAUCUUCCGUGGAAGCACCGAGGAACGGUGUACUUAAGGCCGUACGGGUGCAUAGAGCUUCAUCUCAAUUAGGAAAGGAAAGUCAUUAUGAGUAUUAUCCGUGGAUAGCGACUAAGCUCGACAGAUCAAACAUUUCGCUUAUGGAGAGUGAGUGCGGAUCUACCAGCACAGUUAUGACCAAUACCAACUACGGUAGACAUGUUGAUGUUCAGGGGAACGUGCAACAAGUGUGAUUUAGAAAUUCUUAACUGAUCUGAGAUAUUACUGGAAAAAACAUAGACCAGUCUAGACACUAUAUGUAGACUGAAGAAUGGUUCAAGGAAGAACAAAACCUCUAUAUGUAGUAGAAGAGAUAUCACGUCUUAAAUCUUGAUUCUUGCUUUUCAUCUUUUACAAUUCUCAUUGACGUUUUGAUAUUUUUGGAUAAUUUGUUUGUGUUAGUCAAA